AUGUUGCUCCUCAUCACGAUCCUUAUCUUCACCUUACUCACGACUAGUAUUGCUACCCCCAUCAAGCAUGCUGCUCCCGCUUCAACCUCGAGCUUACCACCGACCGCUUCCCCCAACUCCCUUCUCGACGCACUCUUCGGCAAAGAUGCAGGCUCACUUUCUCAACUUCCUCCACAACCCUGGCCGCCCAACGAUAAUCAAUCGAAAAAGAACAAUCUUGUCGGAACAGUCUGCGGGGUUGCUAUUGCUCUGGGAAUAGUCUUUGCAGUCCUCUAUUUGCGGUGGAUGAGCAGAAAGUACGGGAGGGCCGCUCCAGCCCCGCGACCUGCACCUGCUGUGGUUGUUACUAGGCCUAUAGAGCAUCCUCCAGUGACACACGCGCGCCAUUGA